CAUAAAUUGGGACAAUAAAAAAUAAAAGAAUUGUUGCAUUCCAACUUUUCUGUCAAGGAAGAGAAAUUUCAGGGUUUGUUGGGUGUUAUUUAAUGCAUUCACUACUUGUGUCUGACUUGUGAAUCUUCUCUUCUACAUUUCCGCUAAACGCCACAGAGGAACAAGUUGAAAACUUGUAAUUUUUCUAAAGAUUUUACAUCCAAGAAAAUCAAGCCAAAAAGCUUUAAUCAUUGGAAGAAAUGGGUAGUGGAGGCUUGUGGGCUCAGCUCAGUCAAUGCUUUUUACUAAUCAAAAGCGUAAUGAGACAGGAUGAGUGUUAAGUAUUGGGUUUACAAGCAGAAAAUUAGUUUAAGCCUUAGAUUGCGGAAGAUGAUGAAGUGCAUUUGCUCAGGGGAACAAUUAAGGAUUGAAGAUAUUAUUCCAUCAUCCGAGUCUCUUGCAACUCGGGACUAUUCAGCUAGUGGGUAUUCUUCGCGAGCCGGUGAUGACGCCAAGGCAGACACCAGUAACAUAGAAGAAGCAGAAUCAUCACUUCGUGAGAGUGGCAUUUUGAAUUAUGAGGAAGCAAGAGCAUUAUUAGGUCGACUUGAAUAUCAAAAAGGUAACAUUGAGGCUGCUCUUCAUGUAUUUGAGGGAAUAGAUAUUGCUGCGGUGGUUCCCAAGUUAAAACUUUCCAUCGCAAGAAGAGGUGAGCUACCUAGGCGGAAUUCGCUUAGUGAUGCUGUCCCACCUAUGUCAAUGCAUGCAGUAAGUCUGCUCUUUGAGGCCAUUUUACUCAAAGCAACAUCCUUGCAGGCUCUUGGGAGGUUCACAGAAGCUGCUCAGUCAUGUACAGUGAUACUGGAUACAGUGGAGUCUGCUUUGCCAGAUGGCUUACCUGAAAACUUUUCUACUGAUUGCAAAUUGUUGGAAACGCUGAACAAGGCGGUGGAGUUACUUCCUGAGCUGUGGAAGCUAGCUUGUGCUCCUCAAGAAGCAAUUUUGUCGUAUAGAAGGGCCCUGCUUUAUUGUUGGAAUCUUGACGUGGAAACAAGAAGCAAAAUAGAAAAGGAGUAUGCUGUAUUUCUCUUAUACAGCGGCACUGAUGCAGCUCCUCCAAAUCUUCGUGCACAGGCAGAAGGUUCCUUCAUACCUAGAAACAAUAUAGAAGAAGCUAUUUUGCUGCUUCUGGUUAUUCUAAGAAGAUACAUCCUCAAUAAAAUUGUAUGGGAUCCAUCGAUCUUGGAUCACCUCAGUUUUGCAUUAUCCAUUGCAGGUGAGUUUAGGGCACUUGCCCGUCAGGUUGAAGAGUUGCUCCCUGGAAUUGUGGUUAGAAGACAAAAGUACAUUAUCCUUGCCCUGUGCUAUUAUGCAGAAGGUGAUGACAUGGCCACUUUGAAUCUGUUAAGGAACUUGAUGAAUAAUAGGGACAAUAAGAACGGCAUAUUUGAGUUUGUACUUGCUGCAAAAAUUUGUGCAGAGUAUCCUAAUUUAUUGGAAGAAGGGAUGGGGUAUGCCCGGAAAGUGCUCCCAAAAAUUGAAGGGAAAUGUAACCAGAUGGCUAGUGUUGCAAAAUGCUUACUUGGUCUUCUGCUCUCAGGUCGAUCUCGUGCCAUUGUGUCUGAUUCUGAGAGAACGUCAAGAUUGUGUGAGGCUCUUGAAUCACUUGACUCGGCACAUAAGAUGACCGGAGGAAGAAAUCCUAAUGUUCUUUUCUACCUUAGUUUGGAGAAUGCAGAGCAGAGAAAGUUGGACGUUGCUCUCUACUAUGCAAAGCAGCUGUUGAAGUUGGAGGGGGGUUCUACUGUCAAAGGAUGGCUUCUUCUAGCUCGCAUACUAUCUGCUCAAAAGAGGUAUAUAGAUGCGGAAAGCAUAAUUAAUGCUGCAAUAGACGAAACAGGAAAAUGGAAUCAAGGAGAACUGCUCCGCACUAAGGCUAAACUACAGAUUGCCCAGGGUCAUCUGCGGGAUGCCGUGGAGACAUAUACUCAUCUUCUUGCAGUACUCCAGGUUCAGAGAAAAAGUUUUGGAGUUCAGAAAAAGUUGUUAAAGAACAUGAGAAACAACAGUAGAAGUUUAGAAAUGGAAACAUGGCAUGAUCUAGCAAAUGUAUACACAAACUUGUCUCAGUGGCGUGAUGCAGAGGUUUGCCUCAUCAAAUCUGAGGCUAUCAAUCCUCAUUCUGCUUCGAGGUGCCACUCCACAGGGUUACUCUAUCAAGCUAGGGGACUCUACAAAGAAGCCCUACAAUCUUUUCAGAAGUCUUUAGACAUAGAACCCAACCAUGUUCCGAGUUUGGUAUCCACUGCCAUUGUUCUUCGACACCUCGAUGGCCAAUCUUUGCCUGUCAUGAAAAGCUUUCUGACCGAUGCUUUACGACUUGACAGAACAAAUCCUUCCGCCUGGUACAAUCUUGGGUUGGUUUACAAAAGUGAAAAUGGUGCAUCUGCACUCGAAGCCGCGGAGUGUUUUGAGGCUGCUGAACUUCUCCAAGAAUCUGCACCAGUUGAACCAUUCAGAUGAGUCCAAUGUUUUACCUACAGCUGAAUUCAUUCCACGUGUAAAAUUCUGCAGCUCGAUAAUACAAAUAGGGGAGAGAAUCGGAAACAAUAAUAUAUUAGCAUUGUUGUGUUGAUGUUGUAAUAAUAGUUUAGGGAAGAGCUGUGUUUCUGUGGACUGGUAUUUAAGGUGGAUAAAUUUUAGUGAUGUUCAUAGAGAUUUUGCUAUCACACAGAAUAUGAAUUAUGGAAUUGAUUUGGUGAAGUGAAUAGCUUAUUGGAAAUAUUCAUGGAAUAUGUAAAGCUAGUUCUCUUUAAAAAGUCAUUUUCCCUGUAAAUUUCACUGGAACAAAAACAGUGAUGAAAAAACAUUCUAUCUCAUUCGAACAAAGAAAGAGCCUUUUUUUGUAACUUUUGGGUCGUUUGGUAGAGUGUAUAAGAUUAGUACUGAAUAAGGAUAUUAGUAAUGUUGUGAUCCAUUA